UGGUAAUGUCGUUGACAGAGUGUGGCGUUGAUGGUUCUACCAUUCCUACCAGCCUCGAAUCUAUUCUUUCCCGUGGGGUUCGUCGUUGCCGAGAGGAUCCUCUACAUGCCAAGCAUGGGCUUCUGCAUGCUGGUCGCCUACGGAUGGACAGAAUUGUGGAAGCAAACGCGAACGAGCAAGAAAAUUGCCUGGCUGGUCCUGGCGUUCCUCCUCCUCGUCCACGGGUCGAAGACGUAUCAGCGGAACUUGGACUGGGAGUCGGAGUACUCGAUAUUCAUGUCGGGACUGAAGGUGAACAAGCGGAAUGCCAAGUUGUACAACAACGUCGGACACGCGUACGAAACACUGGGCGACUACCCCGAAGCGCUCAAGUACUUUCAACAGGCCGUC